CGGCGCUCUCCGAGUCCGGGUCCUCGCGCCACUGCUCCGCGGGGAGAGCGCGCUCCGCCGGCCUCACCGCGCGCUCCAAGGGCUUCCCGCCGGGACCAUGCGCGGCCGCGAGCUCCCUCUGGUCCUGCUGGCGCUGGUCCUCUGCCAGGCGCCCCGGGGGCCGGCCGCCCCGGUGCCGGCGGGCGCGGGGACCGUGCUGGACAAGAUGUACCCGCGUGGCAACCACUGGGCGGUGGGACACUUAAUGGGGAAGAAGAGCGCCCCAUCUGUUUAUGAGGGAGGGAGCCUGGAGCAGCAGCUGCAGGAGCACCUUUGGUGGGAAGAAGCUGCGAGGAAUUUGCUAAAUCUCCUAGAGGCAAAGGGCACCGGAAGUCAUCAGUCACCUCAAAGGGCACCCCUGGGCAUUCGCCCUUCUGCCUGGGAUUACCAGGAUGACAGCAACUUUAACUUCCUAGGUUCAGAACCUAAAGUUGGCGGACUCACUGCUCCAGGUCCUCAACGUGCAGGAAGGAACCCCCAGCCGAACUAACCGGGACAGCAACAGCCUCUCUCAACGAAGCAAAGCAAAACCCUUAGGAGACUGUGUUCUACGGGCAUCAGUUCUACUGGAUCUUCAACAAGAUUUCCUUUGUGCAAAACACUUAACUAUUCUUGUAUCCUUCAGCCUUCACUAAAUUCAUGAUUUUUAAGCAGCAUCUUCUGUUUUGAAUUUGUUUGCUGUGAUUAAUUGUCCUAAAGUGUCUUCCAAUUAAUGCUCUUUACAUCCAGGCUCUUUGUCAAUUAGAUUCCAGUCCCCAACCUCCUACCAUUCACAAUAAAAAACUUAAGCACAUUGUCCAAA